UUGUUUGUUAAUUGUUAUGAAUAUAGCACAACCCAUUAGUACAGAAGUUUCUUCUGUAGAUUUUGGUUUUUAUAGUCCUGAGGAAAUAGAAAAAAUAUCAGUAAAGCAAAUUAUUAAUCCUGUUAUUUUUGAUUAUUUGGGUCAUCCUUCGAAAGGUGGUCUUUAUGAUCCUGCUCUUGGUCCAUUAAAUCGUUCAAUAUUGUGUUCGACAUGUCAUUUAGAUGAACGUUAUUGUCCUGGUCAUUUUGGUCAUAUUUUUCUCCCAACACCAAUGUAUCAUCCUUUGUUCUUAUCUCAGUUAUAUAGACUUUUAAAAGCAACAUGUUUAUAUUGUCAUCAUUUUAAACUUUCUUGUUCUAUAGUAAAUCUUUAUUAUUGUAAAUUAAGGCUUUUAAAUGCUGGACUUGUUCAUGAGAGUCAAGAAAUUGAUAAAAUUCAUUCAAAGGUUAAUAAAGAGGUUACUGAUAAUAAGAAUAAUGAAUAUAAUAUAAGUCUUUCUGAAAGAAGGGAGAUAUAUGUGCAGGAAUGUCUUGCAAAAAAUGAAGUUUUAGAUGGAUUUACACGAAAUAAGUUGGUUGAUUCUGAAAAAAGGAAUUUGAUAAAAGAAUUUCUAGAAAAAAUUACUUCUCUAAGGAAAUGUAACAAUUGUUCAUCAAUAUCACCCAGUUUUCGUAAGGAUGGUUAUGUAAAGAUUUUUGAGCUUCCACUUUCAAAAAAGCAUCAAGAACAAAUGGAUGCUCUUGGGAAGGUUAGGGUAAAUGUGCUGCUAGAAACAAAGGAAAUCAAAGCUCAAAAGUUUUAUGAUAGUAGUAGUGAUUUAGGACAUUAUUAUAAAGGAAAUUGUGACGAUGCUAAAAUAGAUGUUGGAAGGCAUAACGAUUUUUUAAAUGAAACAAUGAAUUGCAAAAUUUUGAAAGCCAGUAGUCAUCCUAGAUAUAUGUUACCAAUAGAAGUUUUAAAUCACUUGCGGCGGUUAUUUACUAAUGAACAAAAAAUAAUAUCAUUAUUGUAUAGGGGUUCAUCUAGGCCAGAUAAGCAUUUUAUAACUCCGGAUUUUUUUUUUAUACAUGUUAUAGCAGUUCCUCCUACUAAAUUUAGACCAGCAUCUCUUGUCGGUACUGAUAUACAUGAAAAUUCUCAAAAUGAGUUAUUUUCUAGAAUACUUCAAUCAUGUCUUCGUAUAAAAGAGUUAAAUGAUCUUGUUUCGAAUUUAAUCGAUAAAAAUGAUUUUGAAAAUAAAGAUCAUAAUUUUGAGAUGUUAAUAGCUGCAUUUGUCCAAUUACAACAUGAUGUAAAUAGUUUUGUUGAUAGUAAUCGAAAUCCUGUGAAUUUACCUCAGGGAAGGUUUCCUCCACCUGGAAUAAAACAAAUUUUAGAAAAAAAAGAGGGUUUGUUUAGGAAACAUAUGAUGGGGAAACGUGUAAAUUAUGCUGCAAGAAGUGUUAUAUCUCCAGAUCCAAAUAUUGAAACUAAUGAGAUUGGUAUUCCUCCUGUUUUUGCUAUGAAAUUAACAUAUCCGGAACCUGUAACUUCGUAUAAUAUUGAUUUAUUGAGACAUGCUGUCAUUAAUGGCCCUGAAAAAUGGCCUGGGGCAAUUCAAGUUCAAUUGGAAGAUGGGUAUAUGAUUUCAUUGUUAAAAAAAACUUUCGAAGAAAGAGUUGCUAUUGCAAAUACAUUAUUGACUCCACAGACAUAUCGAGGAUCAAAUUCGUCCUUUUUAAGAGUAUCUUCUACAAAUAAAAAAGUAUUUAGGCAUCUUAGAAAUAAUGAUAUUCUUUUAUUAAAUCGUCAACCAACUCUUCAUAAACCAUCUAUAAUGGCACAUAAAGCACGUAUUCUUUCUGGAGAAAAAACCAUAAGAAUGCAUUAUUCUAAUUGCAAUGCGUAUAAUGCAGAUUUUGAUGGUGAUGAAAUGAAUAUUCAUUUGCCUCAAAACGAAAAUGCUCGAAUAGAAGCACUAUUGAUUGCAAAUACAGAUUCUCAGUAUUUGGUUCCUACAUCCGGUAUUCCUCUUCGUGGAUUAAUACAAGAUCAUAUUGUUACUGGUGUUUGGAUAACUAAAAAGGAUACUUUUUUUACGAAGGAACAAUAUCAACAAUUAUUGUAUGGUCCAUUAAGCUUUGAUAAUGUUAGUUCAAAUAGUGGUAAAAUAUUGACAUUAUCUCCUACAAUACUUAAACCGGCUAUUCUUUGGACUGGAAAACAGGUUAUUUCUACCAUUUUGUUGAAUUUAAAGCCUAAAGAUUGUCCCGGAUUAAAUCUUAUAUCGAAAGCAAAAGUUGCUGGAGAAUACUGGGGUGUUCAUACUCAAGAACAAACAGUUUUAUUUAAGGAUGGAUAUUUGCUUUCUGGAAUUCUUGAUAAGUCUCAAUUUGGAGCUUCAGCCUUCGGUUUAGUACAUUCAGUUUAUGAAUUAUAUGGAUCAUCUAUUGCUGGAAAAUUGCUUGGCGCGUUGAGUAGAUUGUUUACUAAAUAUAUUCAAAUGAGGGGUUUUACAUGUAGCGUAGACGAUUUGUGUUUAAAUAGUGAUGGGGAUAGUCAUAGGAAAAAAAUGAUUGAUAAUGAAUCAUUGUAUGACAUGGAAGAUGUUAAAAAAUAUAUUGGUUUAUCUGGCUGUAAUGAAUUAGAUGAUACUUUUAAAAUAAAAUUAGAACAAAUUUAUAGAGAUAAAGAAAAACUUCAAGGUUUAGACCUCAUAAUGAAGAAAAAGAUGAGUGUUUUAACAUCCUCCAUUAUUAAUGAAUGCAUUCCUAAAGGGCUUUAUAUUAAGUUUCCGUGGAAUAAUAUGCAAAUGAUGACAAUUUCUAGUGCUAAAGGCAAUAAUGUAAAUGUUUCGCAGAUAUCUUGCCUUUUAGGGCAACAAGAAUUAGAAGGUAGCAGAGUUCCCAUAAUGGUUAGUGGGAAAAGUUUGCCUUCGUUUAAGCCGUAUGAUAUGAGUCCACGAGCUGGAGGAUAUAUCUUUGGGCGUUUUUUAACAGGAAUUAGACCUCAAGAAUAUUACUUUCAUUGUAUGGCCGGUAGGGAAGGACUUAUUGAUACUGCUAUAAAAACUAGUCGUUCAGGUUACCUUCAAAGAUGCUUAAUUAAACAUCUUGAAGGAAUUAGAGUACAUUAUGAUCACACUGUUCGUGAUUCUGAUGGAAGCAUAGUUCAAUUUCACUAUGGUGAAGAUUCUCUUGAUGUUACAAAACAAAAAUAUAUGUUAGAGUUUGGUUUUUUUGCUAUGAAUUAUAAAUCAUUGGCUCGGAAAUAUCAUGUCAAAACUCUAUAUAAAUUAAUUGACCAUGAAAAAGCUGUUUUAUAUGCUGAAAAAUCUAUUAAAAACCCAUUGAAAUAUGAUCCAGUUCUUUCUAAGUAUAAUCCAGGCAGAUUUCUAGGAAGUAUUUCUGAAAAAUUUCAUAAAUGUAUGGAUGAUUAUAUUGAUAAAGAUCCACAUAAUUUUUUUCAGAAAACUAAAAAUAAUAAAUUGAUGAAAAAUAAUAUUUCGAAAGAUAGGUUUCGUAUUCUUAUGCAAGUCAAGUAUCAGCAAUCUCUAGUACAUCCUGGUGAAGCAGUAGGAGUUCUUGCUGGUCAGUCUAUUGGUGAGCCUUCUACUCAAAUGACUCUUAAUACGUUUCAUUUUGCUGGACUUGGAGCUAAGAACGUUACUCUUGGUGUUCCAAGAUUAAGGGAAAUAGUCUUAAUAGCAAAUUCGAAUAUUAAAACACCUAGAAUGACUUUUGAGGUUUUAGAUAAAGUAUCAGAUUAUGAAGCAGAAUUGUUUGCAAAAAAUAUUAGUAAACUUAUUUUAUCUGAUUUAGUUGAUAAAGUUAUUGUUACUGAGUAUAUUUCAAUUAAAGAUAAAAUUAAAAAGUAUAAUAUUAAGAUUAUAUUCUUUUCAAAAAUAGAAUAUGAAAAAGAGUAUAAUUUAUCAGUUUUUGAAUUGAGAAAAGUCAUGCAAAGUCGUUUUUUGAAAGAAUUAGAUAAAAUAUUGAAAAACAUUCUUAAAAAAAAUAGUAAAAUAACUAGAAAAAGUAUUAUUGGAAAGGACGAUGCUACACCAUAUAUUGGAAAGGCCGCUUCUUUUAAUGAUUUUGAAAGUUUUCAAUUUCAAGAUGAAUCGCUAUUUAAUAAUAUUUUGAAUGAUAAUAUAGAAUCUGUAAAAAUGACUUCUCAAUUAAAACGGCGAGGUACUUACAAUGAUGAUAAUGAUGAAGAGCAAAUUAUUCAGGAAAAAGAUGCAGGUUAUAGUGACGAUAAUACUGAUGAACGAAGCGAAAUUCAAGAUUUUGAAAAUUAUAUGAACGGUAAUGAAAAUUAUCAUAACAAUACUAUAUAUGAACUUGAAAUGAAUGAAGAAAAUAAUAACAAUAUAACUAUUCAGAAUACAGAAAUUUUAGAAAAUGUCUGUUAUGCAUGUUCAAAUUGUAGAAGGUUUGAAUUUGAUAAUAUUGAUGGAAAAUGGUGUGAAAUUGAGCUAGUUUAUCCUUUUGAUACUCCUAAGUUAUUAUUAGUUAGUCUUAUAGAAAUGGCAUGUAAAAAGACUGUGGUACGAGAAAUAAGUGGUAUUUCAAAAUGUUUUCGAAUUUUACCUGAAUCAAAAUUGGAUACUUCCCGUAUUUUAGGCACUGAUGGUGUUAAUUUUAAAGGGAUUUGGGAAGCGUAUGAUAUUAUAUCUGUAAAUACGAUUUAUUCUAAUGAUAUUGCAAAUGUUCUUUGCACAUAUGGUGUUGAAGCUGCAAGAAAUACAAUAAUAAGUGAAAUUCAUAAGUUGUUUAAAGUUUAUGGAAUAGUUGUUGAUGUUAGGCAUCUUACUCUUAUUUCUGAUUACAUGACAAUGGAUGGUUCAUAUAAAGCUUUUAAUAGGUCUUCUAUAUCUUCAAAUGUUUCUCCUUUUUUGAAGAUGAGUUUUGAAACUACAUGCAAUUUUCUGCAAGAAGCAACUUUAUAUGGUGAUUCUGAUUUUCUUAAAAAUCCUAGUGCAAAAUUGGUUAUGGGGAAAGUGUUGGAUGUUGGCACUGGUUCAUUUGAUAUUUUAAUGCCUUUGUUAUAA